AUGGCGUCAAAUAGGAAAUAUGCUGCGCUCCCGGAUCUGGAUUCCGCACCAGAUAUCUACGAAACUCCAGAGUUGACCGACGACAACUCCACAGUCCCACCCACGACCAUUAGGUCUCCUGAUGAGUCCGACGAUGAUGGAGAUAGCGCUGCGGCCAUCUCGCACUCGCGCCUUCGAAUAGACCAGGCCAGGUCCAGGUUCAUGCCAGCUGCUGUGGAUGCGAGUGAUGUCGAUUUCUCAGACCGGCUCGAUGGGAAAAGGAAGUCUUACAAGGCAUCCAGCCGACGGCACCGUAUCCUGGACGAUGGAACCGAGGAGAUAGCCGACUUCAGCGACGAGGAGGAUGCAGACCAUCUUGCCAGGAAAAUCGCCCGGUUAAAGCGAGAGAUUGAAGAGGCCAAAGAGGAGUACGGCAAGCAAAAGACUGCCGCAAAUCAAGUCGAGGUCGGGGACACUGCCCAGGAUGGCGAGAUUGCCUCGCUCAGUAAAAUACUAGACGAGAUGACGAGACUCGACUACACUUUAGCUCCCCGAACUAUAUCCACAGCCGAGCACCGGGCGACUGGUCCUGGGGAGCAGCCUGCUGAGAGGGGUGAUGAAGAUGCCACCUAUACCAUUACCUACGCGCCCAGCUAUCACCAGUCACACGCUCUCGCAAAAGCAGCAGACUUUGAUCGUCGGCUCGUCAUUCUAGAAAAGGCCCUGGGUGUUGGGUCGGCGGCAAUGCCAGAAUUCGACUCUGCCGGGUUACCACGGGCCAUUGUUCCACUUCUAGACUCGCUGCACAAACAGAUUUCAACCUUGUCUGAGGCUUCAACCUCAUCCUUGGACAGCAUUAGCCGCAGAGUCCGGAAUCUGGCACAAGAGGCCGAGAUCCUCGAGAAGACUCGCCGUAACGCUAAAGCUGCUCAGGACGCGCUUGCUUCAACAGGUGCCGCCCCUGUAGCCGAGGUGCCGUCUGUCGAGGAUUCUGAGCAGACAGCCAAGAUAAACGCCCUGUACGGGACAAUACCAACGAUUGAGAACCUAACCCCACUCCUACCCCCUCUGCUCGACCGUAUACGGUCUCUACGGAUGAUUCACGCCGAUGCGGCAACAGCAUCCGAGACCUUGGCAUGCCUCGAGGCGAAGCAAGCAGAUAUGGCGGGCGAUAUCCAGCAGUGGAGGGAGGGCUUAGAAAAAGUUGAGUCGGCCAUGGGGGAUGGGGAUGCUGCCAUGACAAAGAACAUGGGCGUCAUGGCUGCGUGGGUAAAAGACAUCGAAGCGAAGAUGGCGAAACUGCAUUGA